UUGUUUCAUCCAUCAUAUCAUAUCCAACAACACCUAAUUUUCUGUUUUUGUUUAAUUUUUCCCUAAGAGUGGGUCUCUUUUUAUUACCUCAUGAACCUCUAGCCUCCACUAUAAUCGACCGACCUCUCUCACCAUCUUCUUCUAUAUAAACUCACUCUCCCUGGUCUUCUCUCACCACUUCUCUCAGUUGUGUUUAAUAUCUUUCACAAAAACUCUUACUCUUUCUCUUAGGAGACAGAACAACAUCUGAAGAUCGUCAUCAAUGGCAUCAUCAACAAGCUUAGAAAUCUCUAAGGGGGGUAAUAAUGAAAUGAUGGGUUCAGGACAAGUAAGAAAAAGGGUUAUAAAAGAAGAGAUGGAUGCAGAUGAUGAAUACACACUGGAUGGAACUGUUGACAGACAUGGAAGACCUUCUAUUAGAGGCAAGAGUGGAGGAUGGUUUGCAGGAAUCAUAAUCCUUGUUAAUCAAGGUCUGGCGACGUUGGCCUUCUUUGGAGUAGGAGUGAACUUAGUGUUGUUCUUAACAAGAGUUUUGCAACAAGACAACGCUGAGGCAGCGAAUAGUGUCAGCAAAUGGACUGGUACUGUUUACAUCUUCUCACUUGUUGGGGCAUUCCUCAGCGACUCAUACUGGGGAAGAUACAAAACUUGUGCCAUUUUUCAAAUGAUCUUCGUCGUGGGUUUAGCACUGCUAUCAUUAUCAACAUACUUAUUCCUGGUCAAGCCAAAUGGUUGCGGGGUCGAAGCAUUAGAAUGCAGGACUCAUUCAUCGGUUGAAAUAGCUUUGUUUUACUUAUCAACCUACUUGGUUGCCCUGGGGAAUGGAGGUUAUCAACCAAAUAUUGCUACAUUUGGGGCUGACCAAUUUGAUGAAGAGGACUCCAAAGAAGGAUUUCAAAAGGUGGCUUUCUUUAGCUACUUCUACUUGGCUCUAAACCUUGGUUCUCUCUUUUCAAACACAAUUUUGGGCUACUUUGAGGAUGAAGGGAUGUGGGCUUUAGGGUUUUGGUGCUCUACGGGAUCUGCCUUCAUUGCAUUGGUCUUGUUUCUCGUUGGAACACCAAAAUACCGUCAUUUUAAGGCAACGGGAAACCCUCUCGCAAGGUUUUGCCAAGUUGUUGCUGCUGCAGCAAAGAAAUGGAGGGCCGGGGUUCCAGAAAGCGGCGAUGAUUUAUAUGAAGUUGAAGGAAAGGGGUGUGCAAUUAGUGGUGGAAGAAAAAUAUUCCACACCGAUGGAUUCAAAUUCUUGGAUAGAGCAGCCAUCAUCACUUCAAGAGAUUUAGCUCUACAAGAUGAAGGGAAGGACAGCCCAUGGAGACUCUGCACAAUCACACAAGUUGAAGAGGUGAAAUGCAUAUUGAGACUUCUUCCAAUAUGGCUCUGCACAAUCCUUUAUUCAGUUGUCUUCACUCAAAUGGCAUCACUAUUCGUUGAGCAAGGAGCAGCGAUGAAAACAACCAUUGGGAACUUUAAAAUCCCACCUGCAAGCAUGUCAAGUUUUGAUAUUCUAAGUGUAGCGGCUUUCAUCUUCUUAUAUAGGCGAGUGCUCGAUCCUCUUGUCAGCAGACUUAAAAGCAAAGGACUAACAGAGCUCCAAAGAAUGGGAGUUGGAUUAAUUAUAGCAAUAAUGGCAAUGGUUGCUGCAGGAAUUGUCGAAAACUUUAGACUAAAAUCUGCUACAAUAGAUUGUCUUAACUGUGAAGGUUCGAGUAGUAUGAGUAUAUUCUGGCAAGUCCCUCAGUACGCAUUAAUAGGAGCCUCUGAGGUGUUCAUGUAUGUCGGUCAAUUGGAAUUCUUCAAUGGACAAGCUCCUGACGGGUUAAAGAGUUUCGGCAGUGCUCUUUGCAUGACCUCAAUUUCACUUGGAAACUAUGUCAGCAGUUUACUAGUUAGUGUAGUAAUGAAGAUAUCUAAAGAAGAUGAUAUGCCCGGUUGGAUCCCUGGGAAUCUUAACCGAGGUCAUCUUGAUAGGUUUUACUUCCUCUUAGCAGCCCUGACGACAGCUGAUUUCCUGCUCUAUAUAGUUUGUGCCAGAUGGUACAAGUAUAUCAAGAUGGGUGGACGAGAGAGCAACAGAGGCACCCAUCAGGAGAAGUCUGAGGAACUUUGUGUUUAAGUACGUAUGCCUACUAAUAUGAAUUCCAUUGUGUGUGCACCUUGCAAGUGGUGACUAAAUAAAUAAGUAGUAGAAAGAAGAAAUAAAAGGUGAAGGAGGUAAAACAGUAUCUCGACUUUUAUGAUUUUAUCCAGUUCUGAAUGCUCAUAGCCCCUCUUUUGAGAACACUUGACCCAAACUGUAUUUUGUAACUUUAGGCUAUUGUCAAGCAUGGGAGUGUAAGGAAGUCAUUCUGUCUUUCUCCAACAGUAGGGUCUCUCAUUUGUGGAUUCUACUGUUAGGGCAAUGAAUUAACAUCUAAUGAGUCCAGUAUGUAGAUGAAAGUUUGUAUCUUGACCUAUGCGAGAAAGAAAUAUAUAUGUAUGCAUUUGUUUUCGUGUUUGCCAA